CAGAGCUUGCUGGAAUAACGUUAGGUCUAACUUAAGUCCAACUUCAUAACAUCUAAAGUUAGAUUUACGCUAUACUCUACAUGUGUACAGAGAUUCACUACCCAAAGUUUUGAGGCGAUCUACGAACAGGUUAAACUCGGUUUAAAGUACACGAUGUCACUAACAAAGUUCAAACUACCAGGUAAAGACUGCCGUUGCAUCCUGUACGAUGACAAAGUCUGCAAGAUCAAGACUCUGAUGCCUCCACUCAAUGAAGGAAUCAUUAGUGACUAUGUUGAUGACAGAUCACUGCAAGAAGAAGUAGAGGAUAUUAUAAGGUCUGUUUUGUGCAUCCCUGAAAACGUCGACCCAGUAAUGAUGAGGACACAGCAUUUAGUUGUAAAGCCAGAGAAGAAAGAAUGGAAACUCCCAGACAAAGUGGUAUUCAAACUGCCAGAUAAGCCACUUGUUGCUCUCUCUUAUAUGUAUAUCCUUCAUCUCCAACUCUUGUCAAAACAAGAAAUACAUCAGGAAUCACCUGUUCAGAUAACUAAGGAAGAGCAUGUACAAUCAAACAAAAGGAAAACAGAAAGAUCUCCAUCAAAAUCGAGUGAACAAAACAAAAGACCACAGAGAAGACCAAUCCCAAAGAAAACCACGUUGAGCUCCUCUCUUCCCCGUCGCUCCAAUCGCCGUUUGGCGCCAUCACGUGGGUCUGCUACAAGCACCAACCAGUCUGGCCGUGUCCUCAGGAGGCGGGCCCUCAGGUUUACGUCCAACAAAAACUCCACAAGCAAUAACAGCAAUGAGCAGCCGAGAAGAGGUAGCAACACUUUUCCACCUGUCGAUGUAGGCUUAGAUGAAACAGGGAUGGGAGAUGGUUUGGAUGGACAGACAGGUAGAAAGAAGAAUAGGGAAAGGAUAGAAAUAGAGAGACAGAAGAGGGAACGUUCACCUGAGUUAGAAUCAGGAUUUAGUAAUCUGGUGCAAAGGAAGGCCUUGGAUCGAGAAAGAUUUCCAAGUUUAAAUGAAUCCUGGGAUAAGGACCAUGUUGAGUGCAAUGGAGACAAGCCACCAAAACAUGUCCUGCCAUCAGAAGAUGGAGGGGUUGCUAGAGUUGGUGUCCCAGGACAUCCUGGUCGAGAGCGAGUGGAGCAACAUGUCCUCCAGGAGCAGUUAAGGCUCCAGGAAAUGGCCAGUCCAGAGAAGGUCACCACAGCGGAGGAGCAGGGGCAGACUGAUAAAGGGAUAGUCCAUCAUAUGUUUGAUGCUGUUGUGACUCCGGUAAAAAAUUUCUUCUUCCGAGACUAAACCAAGAUCAAGAUCCUGUACUUAGAUUGGAACUUGUCCCCCCCCCCCCCUAUAUGGCCCCACUCCCCCAGAAUCUGCCUAGAAAUAUUUUCAUUUACCAUCCAAGGCAGAGCACUAUAGGAUAGUUUGCUGCAACAUUCUUAUUCAGAAAGGAGUAGACAGUUGUUAGGUUCAUUUUGCCUAGAAAAGACAAAAUUAUUUAUCUUGGGCCUUUUUUUUUAUAGCAUACUAUAAACAAAAACUGAGAUUUUUGUAGGGCCAUCAAAGAAAAAAAAAUCUGCUAAAAUACAAAACAGAUGUUUAUGAUUUCUAAACUUCAUUUUCUAAUUUCCUACUCUUAUUUCAUGAAAGAUGUUAUGGUGAAUCCAUUUUAUCAAAAGUAUGUUGAAUAGAAUUUCUUUGUGGGCUGUAGAUGUACCAGAAAUACAUAAGUUAGGGCAUUUGCCCUUUUCAUUAAGGCUCUUUAUUACAAUGACCAUUUGAAAUACUUAGUUCACCUUACUUUAAUUUGUAAUCAUCAUAUUGUACUUUUAUUUAUGUGAUGUGUAAAUUAGUGACACAUACAAUAUAUACCAACAUAGAGCAUAUCAUUUAUGGUAGGUUAUGCAGAUCAGCUAAAAUAAUUUAGCUUUUGGUAUUGCCUUUGGCAUUUGUUUUGACUUUGUUGAUGCCAUUCAGAUUUCCUUGUUUACUUGAAUGAUUUAAAGCUGCACAGUGAUUUACAAGGUCACAUAUAAGAGAAUUUACCAGAGAGUAAAUUACAUUUGUAAGUCUUUGACUUGACAAUUAUGAAAUGUUAAGUUUAAUUUUAUUUUUAUUAGUAAAUAUAAUUAUUUUGGCAUCUAACUUUAAGAGUAGGUGACCUGAUGUACAAAACUACAUGCCAUUCAUGAGGGCCAGGAGUAGGGGAUGCGGAAGCCAAAAACCGUGUACAGAAACAAAAAAAGGACCAUAUGAUUUUGAUUUUUGCAUAGUUAGCCCCCCCCCCCCACUUCGCCAGAGGAGCAUGAUGAUUUGUUGAUCUCUCAGAUUUAAAUCUGUCCUUUCGUCAGUCCUUUUGAUUUUCAUUCUUGUAAUUUAAUCAAGGUUUAACUAAAAUCAAACUAAUUCAUGAUAGGAGAUCACAGCAUCAGCAGUCAAUCAGGUCAUUACAAGUUUGGUGUUGAAAGUCAUUCACCCGCUUUAACACUACUUGAAAUCAGGUUGGUGUUGGGAUAAACCCCCUGUGGUGCAAUGCACUUUCUAUUUGUAAUGAAGUUUAAGUAGGUGUUGAGACAAGAUCGACUCUUAUUUUGAUCUAUCCUCACAUCAGUCCAUCCUAUUAUUCUUGUAAAUGAAAUUUAAGAACCAUUCAAAGGACAAAAGUCAUUCAGAGCUCAAAGCUUGAGUUUCAGGGCCUGUCAGGGGUCACUUGAUCAAAGGUCACUGAGGUUAUUCAGUGAUGUCCAUGUCUGAUGUUAAGAGAUGGUGUUGGUAUUAGUUAACCAGUCACAACACUGGGCUUGACCUCUACAUAUUUCAGGCAGUCUGCAUUGAAACAUUAUGUUGGUGCUGAAGAACACCUACACCAACCAUAACACUUUACUUGAAAUCAGGCUGAUGUUAGGAUUGAUCACUGUACAAAGUCCAUGGGAAUCUUGAAAUACUGCCUCGUCAGGAAUUAUGACACAACAACAACAGUUGAGAGGAGAGAAAUUGUUAAGAAAAAACAUGUUUUAGAAUAGAUUUUAUGUAAUAAUUGUUCAUCAUAUUCAUUAUAUGUCUGCUCAGCUUUCGUUAAUGGGCCUAUGACUUUCAAUCAUUUGAUUUUAGAGCUCUCUUUGAAUCAAAUUUUAACCCUGGGGAGAGUAAAUAAUCAUGUUUUAAGAGCUGACACAAUAAAGUAAAGUAACAGAUGUCUUGUUUGAUGAAGCUAUAAACCAUGUAUACCUAAUUCAUGUGUAGGUAAUUCUUCUUGUUACCAUCAUCGUCUCCUCUUCCUCCUACUUUACAUUACAAUUAAUCUUUAGUUGUCUUUGUAGGAUAAGUUUUUUAAUCAGAUAAUCCAGAUGAAUGGCUAAACCAUGUACAGUAUAUGCGUAUUCAAAUUUCAAGAUAUUUAGUGACAAAUAUCAAUUUUCUUGCCUUUUUUAUUUAUUUCAUCUAUGUGUAUAUUUUUCAGUUUAAAAAUUGAAAGAGAAAGAUUUAUACAUUGCUUUGUUUUUUGUUAUACGUUAAAGCAUGAUUUGCUUUAUAAUUGA